GCAUAAUUCACAUCACACAAAUAAUUUAUUUUCACAAAGCAAAGUUUGUGCAAGAAAACAAAUAAAUAAUAAUAAAACAAAUUGCAUUCCGAAUAUCACAAAUAAACAUGGCCCAAGUUGAAUAUUUAGACAAUUUACUAAAAGAAUAUCUCAUGUUUCGGGGCUUCUCGAGCACAUUGAGAGCUUUAGAUUUCGAACAAAAGAAUGAUAAAGACAAAAGUUUUCGUGCCGAGAAAAUCUUGGAGCAAUUCAAUAUUUUUAUCAACAAUCAUGAUCUCCAAUCGCUGCGUGAUCUAUGGAGUCAUCUUGACACCAAUUUGUUUAGUAAACUAGAGCAUACUUAUGCUGAGGCCGUUAAAAAGUUAGAAAAUGGAUUGUUGAAACUCUACUUGGUCACUGCCUACACAAACAAUCGCACAGAAAAGAUAUCGGACUUCUUUGUUAAGCUAGCUCCAGAAAUUCGCUCACAGUCUGAGUGGAAAGAGUGGUUUUAUCUACCAUUUUGUAAGAACGCAGAGGAACUCCCGACAUUCGCCCAUUACUUUUCCAAGCAAUGGCAGGAAACCUUACAAAUUUCAUUGAGGAACUUUCUCACCACAAUCUAUCAAUGCAUUCCCCAGCCAACAAUCGUCAAGGCUGAACAUGAGGCUUCCCUCAUUCGGCGAUUACAGGAGGAGAAUUCCAAUUUAAAAGCUCGCGUCCAAUCCUUGCAUCAACAACAACAGCAACAACAACUCAGCUCCUCAGCAAGUGGCAGCACCCAGAAUCUCACCCAACUGCCGGCUAAUGAAAAUUUCAAACGCGGCCGUUCCACAAUCAAGCCACAGAGCUUGAACGACAUCUCACCCUUCGAUGUUAGUCCCCCUGGCCAUAUCGUCGACGACUUUUUCAUUAUCGCCUCGGAAACCAUAAAUAUUGCCCAGUAUCCCGAUGCACAGGCUCGAGGAUUGAAAAUGCUCAUUAAGAACAUCGGAUCGAACAAUAGUCCCGUCAUGGGACGCAAGGAAUCCAAUGAAAAACCAAAGAAACGUUCUGGCAGCGUUGGCAGGAGCUGGAUAUAAAUAAAAACCCAUAAUAAUUCAAAAUAAUGUAACAUUUAUUUCAACAAAAAUAGAUUUUUUUUAGUUUCAUUAAAAUAUGAAAAGAUUGCACGUUAUUCAGAAGAGCUCUGAUAUUCUUGACAA